AUGCAGGGUCACGGGAGGUGCUUCAAACUCUUUCUUGCAUUUGCGCUACUUUUGCUACAAAAUGUCAAAGGAGGAGAAGUUGGCCGCAGCGACAACGAUGCUAAUGCGACCGGGACUUGCCUAGAGAGGGAAAGGCAAGCACUCCUUGCAUUCAAACGUGGCCUGGUGGAUGAGUACAACAGCCUCUCUUCAUGGAGUUCGGAAUCCCAUAAACAAGAUUGUUGCAGAUGGAUUGGAGUCUCUUGUAACAACCAAACUGGCCAUGUUAUUCAACUUGAUCUUGAAGAUUAUCUUUCAAAAGGUAAGAUGAUUAGUCCUAAAUUGAUUGAGUUGCAACAUUUACAACAUUUAGACCUUGGAUAUAUUGAUUUCAAUGGGAGCCAAAUUCCAGAUUCCGUUGGUUCUCUAACUAAUCUAAGGUAUCUAGAUCUCUCUUCCUGUAAUUUUGGUGGUCAAAUUCCAAGUCAGAUUGGAAACCUCACGCAAUUGCAAUAUCUCCACCUCGGCGGUAAUCAGUUUAAUGUAGAAAAUCUUAAUUGGCUCCCUGGUCUUUCUUCUCUAACCAAUUUGGACCUAUGGCACGUCAAUCUCAGUAAUAUUUUCGAUUGGCUAGAAGCAGUUAAUAAGCUCCCUAAACUAAGACACUUGGAUCUAAGGGACUGCAGUCUUCCUCCUCCUCCACCUAGAAUUCAUUCCACUCCUUUUUCUAACAUAAAUUCUUCCACAUCUCUUACACAUCUUAAUCUCAGAGACAACCAUCUCACUUCUUCAAUUUUUCUUUGGUUGUCCAACUACACUACUGCAAGCCUUGUUGACCUUAACCUCUCUGAAAACAAUCUAACCGGUUUAAUUCCCGAUGUCAUUGGAAACAUGAGCUCUCUUGUAAAUCUGGUUCUCUCUGAUAACCAGAUUGAAGGAGGAAACCCGAAUUCGUUUGCUAGGCUAUGUAGUUUGCAAUUCCUAGAGAUUCCAGGAAAUCGUCUGAGUGGACAAUUAUCCAAGUUUGUUCAGCUUUUGCCCACAUGUGCUCAAAAUUCAUUAGAGACUUUGGAUCUCUCUCACAAUGAUCUUGCUGGCUCAUUAACUAAUCUUACAACUCUUUCAUCUUUGCAAAUCUUGUCUCUGAAUAAUAAUCAAUUGACCGGAAGAAUACCUGAAAGUAUUGGGCAAAUGUCUCAACUGGAACACAUCGAUUUUGGCAUGAACUCUUUGGAAGGGGUGGUAUCAGAAACCCAUUUCUCCCAUCUCCACAAAUUAAGUUCUUUGGAUUUAUCCUCUAACUCACUUGUUUUAAACUUCCCUGCUGAUUGGGUUCCUCCUUUCCAAUUGGAUACCAUAUUUUUGUCAUCUUGCAAGAUGGGUCCACAUUUCCCAAAAUGGCUUCAAACUCAGAAUGAUUGUUUGGCCCUUGAUAUUUCGGAUGCUGAGAUUUCUGAUAUCCUUCCAAGUUGGUUCUGGAGUAUGUUCUGUAACUCGAUAUUUAUUAAUCUCUCCAACAACCAAAUCAGAGGAAUUUUUGCAAAUUUGACGACCGUGAAUUUUGCAAUCUUCCCAGAAGUAUAUUUGAGUUCGAACCAAAUACAAGGUCCAAUUCCAUCAACUCUAUUACAAGCCUCAUAUUUGGAUCUCUCCAAUAAUAACAUUUCAGGAUCUCUUUCUUUCUUGUGUGCAAGUGCAACGAGUUUAACGUUUCUAAAUCUCUCAAGCAACAGUGUUUCUGGAGAACUUCCUGAUUGUUGGAACAAGUUGGAGAAUCUAGUCAUGCUUGAUUUGAGUAACAAUGCUUUUUCUGGAAAAAUUCCAAUGACAAUGGGCUCUUUGUUUAAAAUCGAAACAUUGAAAUUAAGAAACAACAGUUUUGCUGGAGAAUUGCCAUCAUCCUUGAAGAAUUACACAAGUUUAGAAGUUAUUGAUCUAGGAAAUAAUAAAUUAUCAGGACCAAUACCUACAUGGUUAGGGGUCAGCUUCAAGAAUUUGGUUAUCCUGAUGCUUUUCUUUAAUAACUUCAAUGGAAGCAUGCCCCCACAAUUAUGUCAUCUAGUACACAUUCAAAUUUUGGAUUUCUCUAUGAACAACAUCUCUGGAAGCAUACCCAAAUGCCUCAACAAUUUGAUUGCUCUGUCUCAGAAAGGAAAUUCAAGUCUAACCAGCACACAUUAUUAUAGGAAAGAAAAUGAUAAGAUGGUAUUUCCUGGUAAUAGUUAUGAGGAUGAUGCAACUUUCAUAUGGAAAGGAAGAAUGUCCACAUACAAAAGUAUUUUGGGGCUAGUGAAAAGAAUUGAUCUGUCAAGCAAUAGAUUAACAGGGGAGAUUCCAAGUGAAAUCACUCAUCUUGUGGAAUUGGUUUCUUUAAACCUUUCGAGAAACCAGUUAACAGGUCAAAUAACUCCAGAGAUCGGAAAAUUGCAGUCACUGGAUUCUCUUGAUUUAUCGAGAAACCGGAUAAGUGGAAGAAUUCCAACGAGCCUUGCUCGAAUAGAUCGUCUCGCUGUCUUGGACUUGUCAUAUAACAACUUGUCGGGCCAAAUUCCAAUCGGGACUCAGCUCCAAAGCUUUGAUCGCUCUGUUUAUGCUGAAAAUCCUCAACUCUGUGGAGCUCCACUUCUAAAGAUGUGUGCUGAUCCCUCUGAGUAUAGCAAUACAGAGGAUACAGAUGAGCUUAUAACACUGGGAUUUUACAUCAGUAUGGCGCUUGGGUUUGCUGCAGGAUUUUGGGGAGUUUGCUUCACUUUGAUAUUCAAGAGGUCAUGGCGAUACGAAUACUUCAAGUUCCUGAAUGGUUUAAAUGAUUGGCUUUAUGUGAGAGUAGCUUUGAUCAAGCGGCAACUCAAGGAUAUGCUUAAUUGAUAAGAUCUCUGAGGCGACAUCCAUGCUUCACUUGACUUGAACAGUGAACCGUUGCCAUGGAAGCAAUAAUAUAUCUGCAGAAGUUUUCAAGUAUAUAUUGGAUUAAUAUUGCUCAACUCCAUUAUAAAGAUUUGUGUCUUUUUUGUAAAGAAUUAUGUAGUGGGAAUUUUCCUUGGCAAAUGAUUUGUUACUUGUCUUGUUUGUAAGAACUUGAU